GAGAUAACCGUUGUGCGAAAAGCACGUGUACUGAGUUCCAAUACCAGAGGCGUGUGAAACUCUACGACGAGUUGAAAAAUAUAAAUCGCCUUUUCCAAAUAUAUUGCUUUAUAUUUAAAUUUACUUAACUUAAUUUAAAUAACUAAACUGCAUCUAUUUGUUAUUACUAUGGUCAUUUAACAAUAAGAGUGUAAGAAAAAAAAUUAUCAAAUUAAUCUCGGUAGCCGUGACAAAGUUAAAAUGAAAUGACAGCAAAAUUUUUCGCGCAAUACCGCUUUCCUUUGUGCAUUGGAAUGAAAUUAAAAAGACAAAUUGACAUUUGAUAGCAUUAUUUUUUUUUUUGGAAUUAGAAAAUGGAACUGGCCUGUCCCUGACAGGCAAUUCGGAAAUGGAAUAUCUUUGAUCGAAUAUUAAGUGUUUGUUUAUAAACUUGACACUGGCAAAUAGUUGAAACUUAUUGCCAUAAAGGAAGAGAAAAAAAAAAGUGUUUGUUUUUAAAAAUGGAGCAAUUUUUGCGCGCAAACGAAACGGCGGAGGAUUUUUACGCGCGAUGUACGAAUUUGAGCGUGUUCGAUUGCAGUGAGGAGGAAAUGUUGUGGUGCAUGAUGGGACCGAGACGGUUGCCUCUGUCGCGGAUCGUGCCCAUUUCUAUAUUUCUCUUGUUAAUAUUUCUGACUGGCGUGAUUGGGAAUGUGGCGGUGUGCGUUGUGAUCGUGCGGCACCCGGCGAUGCACACGGACACCAAUUAUUAUCUCUUCAGUUUGGCGCUAAGUGAUUUAUUGCUGUUGCUGUUUGGUCUACCCAACGAUCUGUCGGUCUACUGGCACCAGUAUCCUUACAGUCUAGGCGUCGUGUUCUGCAAGCUUCGAGCACUUAUAUCAGAAGCGGCGUCAUACGUGUCAGUACUAACUAUAGUAGCGUUCACGUUAGAACGUUACCUUGCGAUCUGCCACCCGCUUCACAUCUACGCCGUAGCGGGCUUGCGGCGAGCGCUACGAAUUGUGCUGGCAUUGUGGGCGCUCUCUCUGCUCGCAGCGUCGCCAUUCGCACAUUACACCACUGUUAAUUACCAUGAUUAUCCUCCAGCAUCAGGCAACGCGUCCCUGGAGUCAGCGUUCUGCGCGAUGCUGGAGCUUCCAUCCUGGUACAUCUGCGAGCUCAGCAGCUUCUUCUUCUUCAUCCUGCCGGGCCUCAUCAUCCUCUGUCUAUACGUGAGGAUGGGGUUGCGCAUUAGGUACGUGAUGGGGUCCACUCACACACACAACCCAGGCAGUCCAGGCACUCUGAAUGGGGUCAACGGCAGUGUUCACGGGGAGGCGAGGCAAGCUCAGUCGAGGAAAAACAUCAUUCGAAUGCUUGCGGCAGUAGUGAUCGCGUUCUUCGUAUGCUGGGCGCCUUUCCACUUCCAGCGGCUGUUCUUCAUCUACGGUAGCAGCGUGCGCUACUACCACACCAUCAACGAGUAUCUGUUCCUUGCCGCUGGAGUGUUCUACUACGUGUCGGCUACUGUCAACCCGAUACUCUAUAAUAUCAUGAGCCACCGAUACCGCAUCGCGUUCAAAGAGACGCUGUGCUGCCGGCGCGCGCGGCGCCGCGCCAGCCGCCUGCGGGACACCUCCAGCGUGCGGGAGACCAUGCUCAACCACAACUCUGAGGGUACUCAGCUAGUCAGAGUGAGGUCCGCAAGCCACGACAGACGAUCCCGCAUGGACAGGCCCCGGCGCAACAGCUACUACGGGUCCGAACCCCGGACCGACCGCUGGAAGGACCGCCGGCACAACGGCGUGUGCAAACACAAACAGUACCAAGUCCACAGGUUCGCAGAUUGAUCUUGUCAUGUUCAUAAUGUAGAGAGUUUUCAAACACUUUUAGAGAUUGAUUUUAACUGAUAGUAUUUUAGUAUGUAUUUAUUUGUGAUAAGUAGACUAUAAAUGAGUAACGAAGGGAUAUGUUCUUUAUUGUGAGUUUUAUUUAAGCAUUUAUCGUAUGGAAGUACGUCACUAUGAAAUGUAGACCGGAAAUAUUAAAUAAGUUGUCUUUGAUGAAUGUAUAAGAAAUAAAUUUAUGAAAUGUAUAUAAUGAAAAUGUUGAGAAUUUAUGUAUUUAUAAUAGUAUUUUCUUAUAUAUGAGAUUAUAUAGUAAGAUAGAUUACAUAGUCUAUAUUAAAAUGUAUAAAGGUUUAGAAAUUAAAGACAUUUUAACGGAUUUUAAACGCCAUUUAUUCAAGUCUUUAAUUUCUAAAUGUAUAAUACUCGCGUAAAAUCAAACACAAGAAAUACUAUGUAUAAACGUGUUAAAUUUAAAUAGAAAAGGGAAUUUGAAAGGCGGAAGAGUUUGUGAGGUUCCCUUUAUAUCAGCUCAUAGCACUGUUUUCUAUAUAUAUAUAGAAAUAUAUCAAGCAUAUACUUCGGUGCAUCUCUUUUCCUUUUAUACUUGUCUAUGCUUCCUACUUACAUGAAACUAAGACCUAUAUAUAUCCAAUAUUCAAUGAUCAUAACAACGCAAAAUAUUUCAACUUAAAUAUUGAACUAUAGAGUAGUACUAUUAUUUAUUCAUUUAUUUAUUUGUAUUCAUUACAUAACUUAGAAAGAUUCAUAAAUGAUGAUAACAUAAACUUAUUCAAGGUUCUCCGUGCACCAUUAAAUUAAAUAUAUAUAAAUAUUACAUAUGUUUUACUUGAUAUAAUGAUUUCGUCUUAUGCCGGUCACUCACACCUGAACAAAUGCGUAUACGCACAAGGCAUACGCAUAUGAUCGUGGAUUUAUUUUAUCUUACUAAACGCUCGAUCGGCUCCGUCCGGAUAUCAAGAUUCCUGUUAUAUCCCAAAGGAGCAAUUAAAUAGAGAUAAAAAAAUAUGAGAUAAAAACCCUAUCAUA